CGCGCCGCUAUUUCGGGCUAGGAGUAGUUAUUUAUAUCCUUUGAUAUUGAGAAAUUUGUGCGACUUCGAUCGGAGUUCUGAGAUGAGAUUCUGGCGCGUCAGGAAUCCACUGUGUUUUAUCACUUUUUUAUUGUGGGUGGAUGCUCAACACGUGGUUAAAGAUGACGUCGACAAGGUACUGGAGGACGAAAUAACAGAAAAGCUUGGCGAAGACCUGCUUCAGAGUGUAGAGAGGAAGUUCCAGGUGGAUCUAGAAAGGUCAGUGGAGAUGGUGCUUAUAAAGAUUAAACUGCUUCUGCAAAAUGGCACGCAGCAUAUUCAAGAUAAGUUACUCGAUAUACAAGGGACCUUGGACUCCAUGAAGAGCCAUGGUGAGAAAGAGGUGGACGCAUGCUUAACAAAGAAGCAAAACGAAACCUCAACACUAGCAGAAAAGGCGUUACACCAGAUGGUUAUAUGUGGCUACGCCCUGAUAGGGCAGGACCCAGCGCAAGCUGUCCAUAAAGUUGUCACGCUGAAAAAUAUGAUCAAACUGAGUGUUAAACCACUGUACGAACAAAAGAAGGAGAUUUAUGGGCUGCUAAAAGUCUGCGGGCACGAUCACGACUCUUUGAAGAAGGUCGUCAAAUGCGUCAUUUCGAAGUCGCCGCUAUUAAAAUCAGUGAUGAUGGAAAUAUCAGAAAAACUUAUAAGCGGCGUUGUCGAUUUAACAAAACUAAUGGCCCAUGGAGCGAUGCAUGAAGCUUGUCUUAUAGAAGUCAUAAAGUCCAUAGAAGACGAAGCUGCUGGGUUAGUAAAAGCAGUAAAGACCUGCGCUUUUGGAAACGAAAACUUUGCUUAUUUAGACAAAUACAUUGCUGAUAAUAAUGCAACAGUUCUUGAUGUACCAAACGAAGCGAGUGUCAAAGAUAGUGGUAAUCUAACAAAUGUAAAAAAUAUACUAAAUAGGAUGAUGGAGGAAAAAGGCGGUGAGCAAUUGGAUGAUAGAUUUAAAGAUAAACUGAAAAAACUUCAAAACGAUUUGGAUGCUGGUAAUCUUAAUUUAAACGCUAUUUCAAAUGAUUUGGUAAAAGAUCUUUAAUAAAUGCUAUGUAAUUUGGAUAGAAGCAGGCGUUGCGGAAUUGCAUGAUAUAUUAUUAAAAUUAUAGAUGUUAUUUAGCCUUUUAAGAAAAACCAAACCGUCCUA